AUGUGGAUGUUAGAGUGUAAUGAUAAUAGGAAAGAGUUGAAGAUAUCUGAUCCCUCUUAUAAUUCGAAGCCUCGGCCUCUCAUACCGAUGUCGAUUAGUACUCCAUCGUCACCAAUCCCUUGUUCGGGAUGCAUUCACAAUCCUAAUAUCUUUGGAAGGAACAGUCAUUCGAUGACCGAUAUCCCAGUGAAGAAAGACACAAGCACAGAGCCUGCAGUAAUUAGGUCAAGAUGGAAUCCGACAUCUCAGCAAUUACAGGCCCUUGAAGAUAUUUAUGGACGGGGCAUAAGAACACCAUCGGCCGAACAAAUCCAGCAAAUUGCUACAAAACUUCGUCGAUUUGGUAAGAUUGAAGAGAAGAAUGUGUUCUAUUGGUUUCAAAACCACAAGGCAAGAGAGAGGCAGAAAAAACGCCGUCAUCUAGAAUCAUCAUCUAGAGCAAAGAUAUACGGUGUUGAGACCCUUGAAGCAAAACAAACAGGAUUCAGCAGAAGAGACUUGGAAAUUGAACAUGCUAUGAAGUUGGCUACCCCCUCAUACUGCAGCACACUUUCACAGGAUUCUGUAUCAAUGCAUCCGAGAGAAUUGCACCAGACAACAGCAGAGAAUCUAGAAACCUGGCCACUGGACUUGUAUUCUUUCAUGCCUCCCAACAAAAUAUUUACUACAAAGGAAAACUCAGAGCCCUUUGGUUCCCUAAAGCUCAACAUGUCAUUGUUGCCUUCCAAGAAUGAUGAUUUAAUCAAUAUUCUUGAAAAUGAAGCUAAAGAAAAUCUAGCCCUUGAGCUAUUUCCAAUUUGGGGCAAUGACCAGAAAACCCUUGAUGUUACUACAAAGGAGGAUAAAAUUACUCCAAAUGAAUUUUUCGAAUUUCUUCCUCCAAAUAAAAAUUAUGGGUUGAGGCUUUAG